UGAGCACUCAUUUCUCUCCUAUUAUUUGAGUGGCUGCAGGUACUGGUGUCUGCCUCUUUGCCUCUGUGCCAGAGGGAUAAAGAGGGAAAGACAGAGGACUAGUGCUUCAUAUCCCCCCUCUGGCCUCCCCGUCUCCCUGCUCCCUGUCACUCCAUCCUUCCUUCCUCCCUCCCGGACCACCCGUCAGCCGCUGGAUCAACCCGCCCGGACCCUCCUCCCACAACCCCUUUGACUAUCCUCACUUCACCGUCCCGUCUCGUGAACUGAGUGCAGGAAUUUCUGGUUGCUGGGAGCUGAAGACUGGAUUUGGCAGUGCAGUCGCAGAUAAUCGUGGUUUGGAAGAGCAGAAGAGAACCUUUAAAAACAAAUUUAAAAGUAAACCACCUGUACAGAGAAAUAGUAAGGAGUUGCUCAGGGUGAGGUACACUGGACAGACGGAACUCUCCCAAGUCUUCUGGAAGUGUGGCAGCACGUGGUCACAUGACCUGGAAGAGAAAACCCAAGAGACUUCUGGGAUCCCUCUCUGAAUGGGCCGGUUAUCAACCUGGAAAGAAGUCUAAAGGCUGAUGAACUGAUCCGCACAGCGACACAGCUGCGCUCUCUUCCCCUCUUCGUCUGGCCAAUCUCUCCAUUUAUGUCCUGAGAUCCACAACUUUCUGCAACUCUGGUGACUGGUUGGCUGCUGUACCAUCAUUCUCGUCCUACUCCUGGGGAUUUCCUGUCACGUGACCAUAUUCCUGCUUCACCUCCACUCCUAGUAUGGAACCCAACAAAGUCCAGUCAGAGGGCGGGCUGAAUGUGACCCUGACCAUCCGGCUUCUCAUGCACGGCAAGGAAGUUGGAAGCAUUAUUGGAAAGAAAGGGGAAACUGUGAAGAAGAUGCGUGAAGAGAGCGGCGCUCGCAUCAACAUCUCGGAAGGAAACUGUCCUGAGAGGAUCGUCACCAUCACUGGACCCACAGAUGCCAUCUUUAAGGCCUUCGCUAUGAUCGCAUACAAGUUUGAAGAGGAUAUAAUCAACUCCAUGAGCAACAGCCCAGCCACCAGUAAGCCCCCUGUCACUUUGCGCCUCGUGGUGCCCGCCAGUCAGUGCGGCUCCCUCAUCGGCAAAGGAGGCUCGAAAAUCAAAGAGAUGAGAGAGUCCACAGGAGCUCAGGUGCAGGUAGCAGGGGACAUGCUGCCUAACUCCACAGAGCGCGCAGUGACAAUCUCUGGCACCCCGGAAGCCAUCAUCCAGUGUGUCAAACAGAUAUGUGUGGUCAUGCUGGAGUCCCCACCGAAAGGUGCCACCAUUCCCUACCGCCCAAAGCCCGCCUCCACCCCCGUCAUUUUUUCAGGUGGCCAGGUAAGAGCCGACCCGCUGGCGGCGUCCGCAGCCAACCUCAGCCUUUUACUGCAGCACCAGCCACUGCCUGCCUACACAAUUCAGGGACAAUAUGCCAUUCCACACCCAGAUCAGUUGACCAAGCUCCACCAGUUGGCUAUGCAGCAAACCCCCUUUACCCCCCUCGGACAGACCACCCCUGCUUUCCCUGGUCUGGAUGCCAGUCCCCCGGCCAGUACUCAUGAACUCACCAUUCCCAAUGAUCUAAUAGGCUGCAUAAUCGGGCGCCAGGGAACCAAAAUCAACGAGAUCCGUCAGAUGUCUGGAGCGCAGAUCAAAAUAGCUAAUGCCAUGGAAGGGUCAUCAGAGCGCCAGAUAACCAUUACAGGAACCCCCGCCAACAUCAGCCUUGCCCAGUACCUCAUCAACGCAAGGCUGACGUCUGAGGUCACUGGAAUGGGCACUCUCUAAUUUCUACCCAUGAUCCUUCACUGCAUCACAUGACCCUUGAACCAAUGGCAUUGCACCUAGUUUGUUUUCUCUCUGUACUUUUGCUGUCCUGUAUUUUCAGUAAUUCUGACUAAUUUAUAUUCUAUAAUGUGCACAUAUUUCAAAUCUCAGUUUGAUGUUCCUCCUACUCAACCUUUGUUGUGCUCCCGAUGGUCCUGCUUUAUAAUUAUUUUCAAAGACACUUUACCUUUUUUUGACUCUCUAGUACCUCACGUCACCGGUGUCCUGUUUUGCCAUCGCUUUCACUGUGAAUUCACGUUUUUCAAUCCGUAUUUUGUGGUGUGGUACAGCAAAGCCAAUGAAAUCCUCCGAUUUUUCAGUCUUUCAUUAGGUCAGAUCGAGUUUAAAGCAGUAGUCCUGUGCUUUUGCUCCAGGGCUUUGCUCACCGGGAACCUUACAACAGUGCAUCUCAUACAUGAAUAAUGAAACCGACUGAUGGAGUUGGAAUGUUUGCACCACGCCUGUACGAUUUGUUUGCAUCUGUCAUUGUGGCAUGCGGAGUAACACCGAGAAUCCAUUAUUAGCUUCUUGCAUUCACUUUCAGAACUGAGAGGAAGACCAAAAUCGGUAUGAAAACAAACAAUCAAUGUGAGGACGUACUGUAUGAGCCGUGCUCCGAGCUUUACUGCAUGCUGGGACAUUUCAAUUCAACCCACAAUCUAAGUUUAAGUAAUUGGAUAUAUUACCGCAGAAUUAUUUAUAGGAUAUUUUUAUAUGCGACGUGUUUUUGCAGUAGUGUGAGAAAUACAGUGGCUUUAUUUCUCUGGAAGUGAAUACAGAUGUGCUGAUAAUGAAAUCCACCCCGUGCUCCUCUACCAUACGCUCUCUCUGUGAGUAUGGUAAACUCUCACGAAGGGCCCAAAAUUAACUUUUUGCCACUACUCUAUGUUGUGAAUGAACAUUUUUACCUGCUAUCAAACUGUAUUUUGCAUUAUUAUUAUGAUAAUCUUCAGGGGCCUCGUUUAUAAAAAAACGCCUACGAUCAGAUUUGACUUCACACACACACACACAUACAUUCAUUGUUUUUACACAUAAAAAAAUUCAUGCUGAACUGCAGUUUCUAAAGUGGGACUCAUUUUAAAAAAAUCGUUUGUAAAUACAGACGUUAUUUCAACGCUGUUGAUUCAUUCGUAGGUACAUUUUGGAACAUGUCGAACAUUAUACGCGUGUCUUUACAACCAAGGCCCCUGGUUUCACAAUUCGAACUUAUCCGAUUUCAAGUCAGUUUUUACUCACCCUUGGUAGCUGGCGAGUGUUCAUUUUGGACCCUGUCCUCACGUGUCCAGCAGCGCACUUCAUUCUGACAGUGUUUUCCAUAUUGCUCUCCAAAACCAUGUUUGUCAGUCGAACCGAAAAGUCAUGCACAGGCUCUGCAUGCGUCAGACGAGACUAAGAGGUCGUUCUCCACUGACAGCUUCUGAAACAUGCGCACGCACAGUCGACACGGCUGCCGUGCCCCUAUUUCUGCUACAGACCAAUACAACAGAGCGCUUGUUAUUUCCCUAGUCCGCUCUUCAGUGAUUAGUCAGGAUCAUCUCGGGCUCUAGAAUGUUCAUUGGUUUUGGCCAGACUUUCAAAAGUGAUGGCAGAUUUUGUACCCUGGUCUGCUCUUAAACAUGAUUGUUUCUUUAUAACAGUUGUUUAGCUUCAGUUAAAGCCGCUGUGUGUUUAUAUUAUUAUUACUGAUACCCAUGAUUCUUGAGUGUAUCUCCUGCUGAUGUAGCCUUACUGAUCAGCUCUAAUAAUAUUUUUCUCACAUGCAAAAAUUGAAUUUAAGCUGUUUAUGUUGCAUGUUUUGCUGUGAUUAAUUAUUAUUAGUAUUAUUAAGACAGCCUGUACACUCUAUUAAUGAUUCCUUCCAGUUAUUUUAGCCACCUAUUUGCACCUUCAAUUAUAUUUUUAUCCCUGAUCAUACAGCUACGAAAAAGAAAUGUGUAAUUUCUGCGGCACAAAACAAUCCGCGGCAAAUCUGACUGACAUGCGAUGUUUAUAUAAAUGCAAAGAUGCUCUUUUUACGGUACAUGCGUCUCGUAAAGCAGUUAUAUAAAGACCCUGAUGGCAUUGAAGUACUUAUCAAGUCUGGAGACCUUAUAAAUGAAUGUGCAGUGCCGUAAACCCCAUCUGUUGUAUUGUAAAUGCCUGUGGAGAAAUGUAUAUUUAGAGAUGCUACAAAAAAAUAAGUUACCUUCCUCUAAAAUUAAUAUGCCAUGCUGUGCGUGUGAAAGAUUAGCAGCAAGGCACUCAAUUUGUUCUGUUUCCAAACAAAACUUGUUUAGUCAGUGUACUGAGGCAUUUCAUCCUUUUGACUUCCAUUGAAACAGACAGGGGAAUGAUUGAAGUCAUUAUUUUUGCAAUUUUGUUUGUUGCCGCUAGUCGCGCAGAAAUUACACACUUCAAUUCUCGCCCCAGCAAAACUGUCAGUGUCGUGUUAAGCAAUUUAUUUCCAGUGCUGAAGCCCCCUCUGAUUAAGCUCUGAACGUUUUCCCAAUUUCUCCUGAAGAUUGCGACCAGGCUGAGGUCAUGUCGAGUUCCCAUUUUAUCCAAAUCGGAACUCUUUCAGUCAGCCAUCAAUAUGUAUUUCAUCCUCCACAUUUAAAUGUGUAAAAUGUGGCAUCGAAGCUGAAAGUUGAAUGUAACCGCUUCAACGUGAUUCAUUAUUCAACCUCUAGUUUACCUUCUUGCCGUUUUUCCAAUUGCAUGCUUUUUACAUGAGAAUAUGUAAUCAUGCACAGGAAGAAAAACAAUUCUUUCACAGUCUUGCAACAAAAUUAUGGAAGUGUGUUUCCACCACGGGAUAAAAUUUAGAUCUGACAAUUUUGACUUUUUUUUUCCCCCUCACAGUUUUGGUUUCUUAUCAUUCGAAGAAAAAUUUUCAGGACAGAAUUAUGAGAUAUAAGAUUAUAGUUGCAAGAAAAAAAAAAUAAAGGUUUAUUCACUAUGGGGGAAAAAAUAAUAAUUUAAAAUCUCGUUUGUAUUGCGAGAAAAACGUCUGAAUUGUGAUAUAAAAGUCACUAUUUCUUUAUGUUUUAUUCAUAGCCGGAAACAAGCUUUCAUAAAGAAUACAUUCUUAUUUAUUUAAUCUGGUACGAAAGCAUGCAUUUGCAAAGCAUCGAAGUUGUAAAGAUAUAUAUUUCUAUAUUUCUAUUCGGUAUCCGUUUAGCAGUUUCACUGCAGUCAAUUCACAGAUAUGCACCCAAGAGUUAAUUCACACCGAAAUCUGACAUUUUAUGAUUUAAUGUCCAUUAUGAGCACAGAACUUUUCUAAUGUUGGAUUAGUAAAGGUAUGCACAUGGUCAUGCUGAGCCAUCCGUGCACAUGGCCGGAAAUGAUGUCAUGCUGUUGCUUUAAAGUAGCUCAUUUUUCGACACGUUAUUCAACACGUUUUGUUGGUGUUUUAGAUUCAGCGUUGAGUUUCUUGUCGUCGCAUUUACCAUAUGUUUUGCACUGCUUUGAAAUGUAAUAUUUGUGUCAGUGUCUUAGACUCUGUUAACAUUAAGUUAGAUUGUAUGUUCACACAAGGCUAUGUCUUGUGAUACAUGUAUGGAAUGUUUUAUUUGAUGUUCUGUUUAGUCCAUAACGUGCUGUACUCUAGAUCACUGUACAGAUGCAUAUUAAUAUUCAGACAGCAGCAUGCGUAACUUCGACAUUUCUCAGUAGCAGAAUGCUUCACCAAGGGAGGCUUUUGUUAUUUUUUAUUACUACUGUUAUGACUAUCAUUUCACAAAUGCAAUAAAAAAAUAAAUGUUCGUAUAGGACCGCAGUGACGUGUCGAAAAUGAUUCACUGUUUGGUGGGAAAGUCAGUACGCCAUUGCAAACGGCUUUUUGUAUUUUUCUCAUGUUUCAUCUCCGCCCGACCUCAUGAUAUUCACAUGAUGUUGUUCUCACGCAAAUCAUGUGGUUAAUUUGCACUCAUACAUUUAACACUCAUGAAUUCUCACUGUGCACAUCUAGGAUCAUUACAUUCGUUUUGUUGGUCAUGCAGUUUUUCUUUGUACUAGAGCAGCAAAAAAAAAAAAAAAAAAAGCCCUCUACCUGUCUGUGCUUCUGUAAAUGAUUCUGUUUGGGGGGAAAAAAAAGUAAGAGUAAUUAUUUUGUGUUGGACAGUUUGCUGCUUGCAGGUCUAUAUUAGAUUCAAAUUACUGCUGAGGUUAGGUUAAACUUUGAAAUGUUUUGUAAAAAGGAGAUAAUAAAGUUUGUUUUCCCUUGAA